GUUCAACCGCACUGUUUAAACUGUCCCUCCAACCUCUCUUUGUCUUCAAAAUAAAGUUACCAAAAACGAACCAACCUUUCUCUCUUAUACAAAAUAACCAGAAAAAAAUAUUUAAAAGAGAAAGAAAAAAGGGGAAAAAAUUCUCUCUUUUUUCAUCAAUCGUGAAAAGCUUCUAAAAGCUUUUUCGAUCAGAACCCAAUCGAGGAAUAUGGGGAAGAAAAGGAAGUCCAUAGCGACGAGCCUUGAUGAGGUGGAUCGGACUAUGUAUGCUUCGUUUUGCAGCGCCGCUAACUCUUUGUCUCAACUUUAUACUCAGGCUAUGAACCAGCAGAAACUCUCCUUUCAAGCCGGAAAAGGCCAUAGCCUUGAAAAACUUUAUCAGUGGAUUUGGAGACAACAAGAGGGAGGAUCAAGAGUAACAACAAUGGAUAUCGUCAAUUACCUUAAGAAUGAGAUAGACUACUGUGGUGAGGAGCCAUCAAUGUCACCUAGAGCACCAAGCCAACAGCACCAAUCCCAGCCUACAAUGCAGUUCAUGAAUACCAGUUUCAUGGUCUCUUCAGGCUCAUCUGGCCAAACUGCUGUGCAGGGAACUCGCCCUGAUUACUCUGAUCAGCAGCCAAAGAAUUCCAUAUUCUCAAACGCUUUAUCAAGCCCCGUUCUUCAGAGUCUUCAGCAUUAUCACAUUGCUCAAGAAGGCUACUGUCCGAAUGGUUUGCCUUCAGGAAAUGGAGACAGGAACAAUGAAUCCAACUUUCUCCAGCCCCCUACUCGGGAUUCUAACCCUCUCAGCUCCAAUGAUUCCUCAAUGGACAUGCAUGCGGAUAGCCCCUCACAUGAAUCUACUUACUGAGAAUGCAAUGGUAGCUGCAUUAUGAACUCCGAACAAUUAAAAAGAUCGUAAAGGAGGCUAUUGUGAUUGCAUCACCAUUUUGUUUGUUGCUGCUGUUACCAAAGUGAAGAAAGGCUCAACAUAAAGAUGGCUACUUCAUACAAAAAAAAAAAAAAGAAACUCCAUGGCACCGGUGAUUGAAGAAGAAUAGUCUAGUGUGGUUAUGUGCUGCAUAGCACCCAUUGGUAUGAAUUUAUCAGUUCUAUGUGCUUUGGCACAUAUUUGCUUGGAGGUCUUAAAUUUCAUAUGUAAAGCAUUUUGUUCAAUCAAUACAGCUACUUUUAGAACAAAAAAAAAAAAAAAAGAAUCAAAACUGGGGUAAUUUACCAAUAAAAGUCGUUUUUUUUUCAAAA